UAUAAAAAAAAGACAAAAGAAAAUCGCGACAAGAUCAAAGCAUCGUAUUCGCUCCAUUGCUAGAAAAACAAGAGUAGAUAAAGUGAAGAGAGAGAAAAAGAAAUUUUGGAGAGAGAAAGUAAGCGAGAUGAUGAACAGUGAACGAAAGAGAAAACUUCGGAGAAUGAAGAUCUACUCAGCUACUCCUUUGAGAUCGCCGAAGAUCUAGCACAAUAACUUUUUUUUCAAUUUUAAUUCUGAGCAGUAGGAGUCAUCAAAACUGAUAGAGAAGUUGCAGAUUAUGGCGGACUUGGAAAACUUGCUGCUAGAGGCAGCUGGAAGAACUGGAGGUUCAGGUAGAAGCAGGCACUCGGCUCCACCAUCCAGGCGACGACGUGAAAGUGCCUAUUCGGAUGAUGGUAGCGACUCAAAGGAUGAAGAUUCGGAUGAUAAUCGUGGUUAUGGGGGAAGAAAGCACAAUGGACCCCAAGUCCCACUUAAAAAGAGGGGCAAAGAUCGAGACGACAAUCAGGGAAGCCAGGAUGAUGAAGAGGGCGAGGAAGGUUCUGGUCGGGGAGGUGUAAGUGGUGAUGAUUCUGAUGUUGGGAGUGAUCUAUAUAAGGAUGAGGAUGAUAGACAACAGCUUGCUCAGUUGACUGAACUUGAGAGAGAGUUAAUCUUAUCUGAUCGAGCAACAAAGCUUGAUGAUAAGAAGUUACAUGAAAGAGUUAAAUCAAGGUGGAAGAAUGAUAAUAAGCCUCAGCCUAAGAGGGAGAGCACUCCUCCUUUAGCUUCCUCUCGUGGGGUACGCACAUCUGCACGGUCAGCAGAUCGAGCUGCUCAUAAGGCCGAUGCUUUGAAUGAGUUGCGAGCAAAGCGGAUGAGGCAACAGGGCAUAGAUGCAGCUAGAAGUGGUUCAGGGUCGCGGCGUUACUCACCCCUCAAAAGAAAAACUUUUCCUUCGGCUGGACUGAGCAGCUCCAGCCAGAGCGAUAGUGAAAGUGAUUCUCAAAGUGAAGAUGGAAGAUCAAAGAGGGCUAGGAGAAUGGAUGAUAGUGAUGAUGAAAUGUCCAAGCCUAAGUCCAAUAUUCCUACAUAUGAAGACGUCAGGGGAAUUACAAUUAGGAGGUCGAAAUUAGCAAAAUGGUUAAUGGAGCCUUUCUUCGAGGACUUGAUUGUCGGUUGUUUUGUAAGAGUAGGCAUUGGUAUGAAGUCUGGACAAAACAUCUAUAGGUUAUGCAUUGUUCGCAAUGUGGAUGCCUCCGACCCUGAUAGACAAUAUAAGCUGGAAAACAAGAUGACUUACAAGUAUUUGAAUUGUGUCUGGGGUAGUGAGAGCUCUGCUGCUAGAUGGCAGAUGGCUAGAAUUUCUGACGCUCCUCCUCUUGAAGAAGAGUACAACCAGUGGAAGAAAGAGGUGGAGCGCACGAGUGGAAGGAUGCCAACAAAGCAAGAAGUUGCCGAAAAGAAGGAAGAGAUUGAGAAAACAAACUCCUUUGUUUACUCAGCAGAAACUGUGAAACAUAUGUUACAGGAGAAGAAGUCAGCAGCCACAAGGCCUUUGAACAUUGCAGCUGAGAAGGAAAAGCUGAAAAGAGAAAUGGAAGCAGCCCAAUACAGGAACGACGAAGCUCAGGUAGAGAAGAUUAAGGCUAGAUUAGAGGAACUGGCAGCUGUCCGGCUAGCACAGGAUAAUAAAAAUUCCAAGGCACACAGGUUAUCAGAGAUGAACAAAAAGAAUAGAGUUGAAAACUUCAAAAAUGCAUAUGAUCUGAAGCCUGUAAACACUAACCUCAAGUCAGGAGAAGCUGGGUAUGAUCCUUUCUCUAGGAGGUGGACUAAGUCUACGAAUUACUAUGCUGCAGGUAUUAAGAGUAAAGCAAAUGGUGAAGUUGCAGAAAUUACUGAGAUUAAGGGAGGAGAAAAGUCUGGAGUUGUUGCCACAGUAGCAGCCUUAGAGGCUGCCGCUGAUGCUGGGAAGUUGGUAGAUACAAUUGCCCCAGUAGACCAAGGAAUAGAAACUAAUCUGCUGCACAAUUUCGAUCUGCCAAUCUCGUUGAACACAUUGCACAAAUUUGGUGGGCCCCAGGGUGUUUUAGCAGGGUUUAUGACAAGGAAGCAGAGGAUCGAGGCAACAAUUGGACUUCAAGUGCCCGAGAAUGAUGGUCGUAGACAUGCAUUGACUCUAUCAGUGAGCGAUUACAAGAGACGAAGAGGGUUGUUAUGAAUUUAUGCUAUCUCAGUAUCUGUUUGUGUUGGACAUAUGACUGUUUUUACCCAUCAAAAGAACCCAGAUUGUUGGUGGGUUGCCAACUAUAUAAGUCUGUAACAUUAGAUUUCACACACACAGUAUAUUUAUAUUCCUUUGUGUUCUAAUAAUCCCAAGUUUUUCCAGUGCUCCAACUUCCAAGCCCGGAAAUAUCCCUCGUGCACUCAUGUAAUAUCUUAAAAUAAAGAUAGGAUUCAGGUUCUAGUGUUUGUACUGAUACUUCGUGGUAAAUUUCUCCCCAUUCUUAGUUUGUGAUCAUCAAUUUUUACCUUUCUGCU